CAAUGUCGUUGGUACCUGUGUGGACCAUGCCAACUGGAUUUUGUACUGUUGAAGACGGGAUGGAGCAAAAUGGAUGUCAGGAAUAGGUGGGAGCUAAAGAGACUAGAAGCAGCCAGAGACUGGCGAGAAAAUUAUAAUGUUCGGUGACAUGGAUUUUGAAAUUGAAGAGGAUAAAUUGGGUAUUCCGACUGUGCCGGGGACAGUGACACUGAAAAAGGAUUCUCAGAAUUUAAUUGGGAUCAGCAUUGGAGGAGGGGCCCAGUAUUGUCCCUGUUUAUACAUUGUGCAGGUUUUUGACAACACUCCAGCUGCUGUAGACGGGACCUUGGCCGCGGGCGAUGAAAUUGUUGGAGUGACUGGGAAAUCAGUGAAGGGAAAAACCAAAGUGGAGGUGGCGAAGAUGAUUCAAGCUGUGAAGGGAGAAGUUACAAUUCACUACAAUAAACUCCAGGCUGAUCCUAAACAGGGCAAAACUUUGGAUAUUGUUCUGAAGAAAGUCAAGCAUCGGCUGGUCGAGAACAUGAGUUCUGGCACGGCUGAUGCUCUGGGCCUGAGCCGAGCCAUUCUGUGUAACGAUGGUUUGGUGAAGAAAUUGGAAGAACUGGAGAGAACAGCAGAGCUUUACAGAGGACUGAUGGAGCACACAAAGAGACUGCUGAGAGCAUUCUUUGAGCUGUCACAGACACACCGAGGUUUUGGUGACGUGUUUUCUGUUAUUGGGGUGAGGGAACCACAGCCUGCUGCUAGCGAGGCUUUCGUCAAAUUUGCAGAAGCUCAUCGGAGUAUCGAGAAAUUUGGCAUUCGACUUCUGAAAACAGUGAAACCAAUGCUGAGUGACCUGAACACUUACCUUAACAAAGCCAUUCCUGACACCAAACUCACCAUCAAAAAAUACCUCGAUGUCAAGUUUGAAUAUUUGUCGUAUUGUUUGAAGGUGAAAGAAAUGGAUGAUGAAGAAUACAGCUGCAUAGCUCUGCAGGAACCUCUAUACCGAGUCGGCACUGGAAACUAUGAAUAUCGUUUGAUCCUCCGAUGUCGGCAGGAGGCCCGAGCACGUUUCGCCAAGAUGAGGAAAGACGUUCUGGAAAAAAUUGAACUUUUGGACCAAAAACAUGUGCAAGACAUCGUGUUCCAGCUCCAACGCUUUGUCUCCGCCAUGUCCAAGUACUACGAUGAGUGUUACGCCGUCUUAAAAGAUGCUGAUGUGUUUCCUAUCGAGGUCGACUUGACAAAGACAAUGUUGAACUACAGUCCGAAGGAUAUUUACACAGAAGCAGAGGAAGAGGAUGAGAAGGAGAACGAGGAAAACGGAGAGAAACUUUUUGAUGAUGAAUAGAAUUUAUUUUCCUGUCUGGACCGCAAAGUGAACCCCUUUACACUACAAUCAAAUCCAAAAUGUGCUAUGUAUAGUUUGAGUGAUCACCUAUUUUAUUUAUGUCUGAAAUGUACACGAUCGUUAAUCCCCAUCAGAUCCUUGAGAUAAAUACAAAUACUUUAUGGUCA